AUGAGUUCUUUACUCAAACUCUCUAGUACUAGUCUUAAGCCUAAAUCAGUUGAGUCACAACAACUAUACGCAUAUUCUGAAAUUAUUAAUCAUGCAUUACAUUAUGAGAAACCAAUAAUAAAUGAUAUUCUUAAAGACUUACAAGAUGGUAUUAUCCUUUCAAGAUAUCUUCAGAUUGAAACAGGAAAAGUAAUCCCAAAUAUCAUCAAAACUCCAAUCACACAAAAAGAUAAAGAAAAUAAUUUAAGUUUAAUUCUUGAAUUCAUUAAAAAUCAAAACAUAAAAGUUACUACUACUGUUCAAGACAUACUGAAUGGGGAACCUAAACCAAUAAUUACUCUCAUGUUUUAUUUAAUGUAUAGAUUUAGAUUAAAUGAUACUCCAGUUAGAAUUAUUGAUUUCUCUAAAUGGAUUAAAUGUAUAUUAAAAAUUAAUAAUCCUUUAUUUGACUUAAAAACUGAAUUUUCUGAUGGUAUUCUUUUUGCAAGAAUAUUAAAUUAUUAUAAACCAAAUAUUAUUGCUUAUAAUACUCUUACUAGAGAUAAAAUUAAAACAGUUUCUACUUGUUUACAAUUAGCUAAAAGUCAAUUAAAUAUUCCUAUUUUAUUAAGUGCACAGGCUGUUGGAGCAAAUCAAUUAGAUGACAAUUCAUUAGUUCUUUAUUUAUCAUAUUUUAUUAUAAAAGAUAAUAGAUUUGGACCAAAUGAUAUGAAAGUAGCAGAAAAAAUCUUUCUCGGGAGAAGAGAAAGAACUAAGGAAGUAAGGAGAGCUAAAAGAGAUGAACUAGUUGAAGAAUUAGAAAAGUUAAUGGAUAUUUGUCGUAAGAAUACUGAUGAAAUUGUUAAAGAUAAAAUAGAAAAACUACGAAUUAAUGUAGCAAAUAUGAUGGAAGGAUUAGAGAUGGUUGAAGUAGAAGAAGAUGAAUUUGAUGAAAUGGAUAAUGAUAUGAUAAUUCAAGAAUUAAAUAUUCAUAAGGGAAAAGUAGAUAAUAUGAUGCUUGAAGCAAUGGAAUUAGUUAAAGAAGAGUCAAGUACUCCAAUAGAAAUUAAGGGAGAAGAUUCACAAACUCUUGAAGAAUUAAGAGUUCAAAUAAAACAAAAAAUUGAAAAGAUAGAAGAAUUAGAAAAACUUGUUUCAGUAAUGAAAGAAAAAAAAGAAGAGGCAGAAAAAGCUGAAAGAGAAAUGAGAAUGAAAUGUCAAAAUGAAAGUACCUUAAUGGGAAUUAUAGAAGAAUUUGAAAAAAGUGUAAAAGAACUUAAUGAUAGAAUCAAAGAAAAGAAUCAACAAAUCGAUGAUUAUGAAAAAACUAUUGAAGAAAAUAAAGAAGAUUUUGAAGCAAAAGAAUUAGUAAUUCAACAAUUAAAGGAUGAAAUUAUUCAAUUAACAAAUACUGAACAAAAAUUAAAAGAAGAAGUAUCAGCUAAAGAAAAAGAGUUUCAAGAACAAAUUAAAGAAGUUAAAGAACAAAGUCAACAACAAAAUAUUAUUCAAAUAAAAGAACAAGAAAUAAUUGAUAUUAAGAAAAAGAAUGAAGAAGCAAUACAAUUAAUUCAAAAAGAAAUGGAAAAAGAAAGAAAUGAAUUAAGUGUUAAAAUAAAAGAAUUAGAAGAUAUAGUUUCAGGAAAAGAAGAAGAAAUAAAUAAAAUAAAAGAAGUGAAUGAUUAUAAAGAAAAAGAAAUACAACGGAUAAAUGAAAAAAUGAAUAAAGAAACAGAAAGAAAUAAUAAAACAUUACAAGAACUAAACAAAAUAAAAGAAGAAAAUAAUGAAUAUAAAAAUCAAAUCAAUUCAUUAGAAAUUGAAAUUAAAAUAAAAGAAGAAGAAAAAGAAACUACAGAAUUAGAAUUAAAAGAAAAUAAAAAAAAUAUUCAAGAAUUAAAAGAACUUAAGGAACAAGAGCAAAUUAAUAAAGAAAAAAAAGAAAAAGAGAUUAAAGAGUUACAAAGUAUUAUUGAAGAAUGGAAAGUAAAAGAGAAAGAAUGGAAAGAACAAUUAGAAAAGAGUCAAAAAGAAAAAGAAGAAAGUGAAGAAAAUAAUAAUCGAAUGAAGAAAACAAUUGAAAAGAAAGAAGAAGAGGUUAAAAGUCUUAAUCAAGAAAUUGAAAAAAUAAAUAAAGAAAAUGAAACUAUGAAAGAAAAAGUGAAAGAAUUAGAACGAAUAAAAGGAGAGAUUGAAGUUUUAAAAAUAAAAGAAAGUGGUGAUUCAAAUGAAUAUGAAAGAAUUAUUGAAGAACUAAAAAAAGAAAUAGAAACUAUUAAAAAUGAUAAUGAAAAAGAAAGAAAAACAAAUGAAAUUGAACAAAAAAAAAAGAAUGAAGAAUUCAUUCAAAAAGAGGAAGAAUUAAAUAACAAUAUUGAAAAGAAAAAGAAAGAAAUUGAGAAACUCAAUAGACAAAUAGAAGAAUUAAAACAAAAUAAUAAAAAGAGUGAACAAGAAAAUUUAGAAAAACAAAAACAAAUUGAUCAACUAAAUUUAGACAAAGAAAAAAUAAUGAAAGAAUUAGAAACAUCAAUAAUAGAAAAGAAUCAAAUCGAAGAAGAAAUAAAGAAAGAAAAAGAAAGAAAUGAAAAGAAAAUAAAUGAUAUCAUCACUUCAAAAGAUAAUAAAAUCAACGAAUUAAAUAAGAGUAUUACUGGACUUAAAGAAGAGUUGAAUAAAAAAGAAAAUAGUCUCAAUAAAAUUAAUCAAGAGUUAACUGAUCAAAUUCUUCAAAAAGAAGAAAUUAUUAAUACUACAAUAAAAGAAAAUGAAAACUUAAAAAAAGUAAAAGAAGAAAUUGAAAAGAAAACAGAAAAAGAAAUUAAUGAAUUACAAAUAAAAAUUAAAGAAAACGAUGAAAAAAUAAAUGAGAUUAAUAAGGAAAAAGAGGUUAUUCAAAAAGAAUUUGAAACAGAACUUGAUAAGAAAAAAAAUGAAUUAAAUGAAAUAAAAGAAAAGAGUGAAAAAGAAUUAAGUGAAGUAAAAGCACAAAUAGAAGAAAUGAAAAAAGAAAAUACUCAACUAGAAGAUUUGAAAAAAAAAUUAGAAAGUGAAAAUGAGAUAAUAAAAAAAGAAAAUAAAACGAAAGAAGAAGAAAAUAAAGAAAUGGGAUAUUUAAUUAAAGAAAAUGAAAAGAAAAUUGAGUCAAUCAAAAGUGAAUUUAAUAGUAAAGAAAGAGAACUUGGAACAAAAAUAAAAUUAAUUGAAAUGGUUAAAAAUGAAAAAGAUAUUAUGGAAAAAGAUUUUAAAAAAGAAAUAGACAAUAAAAACAUUGAAAUUAAGCGACUCCAAAAUGAUAUUGAAAAGAAAAAAAAUGAUAUUGCUUUAAUUAUUCAAAAAAAUGAUGAAGACAAAAAGAAAAGUACUGAAGAUAAAAAGAAUUUAAAUCAAGAAAUUGAAAAAAUAAAAUCUGAAAAAGAUGAUAUUCAAAAAGAAAAAGAACAAAUUCUUUUAGAAAAAGAAGAUUUAAAAUCAGAUUUUAAUAAAUUAAAAAUUCAAAUGGAAAAUGAAAAAAUACAAAUAAAAGAAGAACAUGAAAAUAAUGUAAAAAAUUUACAAAAUGAAAUAAAUGAAAAAAUAAAUCAAAAUAAUGAAAUUAAAUUAACAGUUGAACAGUUAAAUAAACAGAUAGAUGAAUUAAAACAACAACUAGAUGAAACUCAAAAAGAAAAAGAAGAAGAAACAAAAAAGUAUGAAGAGGUUAAAGGACAAAUUGAUAAUGCACAUCAACAAGUUGAGAGUAUUAAAAAAGAAACAGAAAAACAAAUUAAUCAAAUGAAAAAAGAAUGUGAUGAAAUGCAAAAAAUAUCAUAUGAAGCAAAAGAAGAAUUAAGAGUUCAAGUAGAAAGUGUAAAAAUGAUAGAAACAAAAGUUUCUACACAAAAAGCAUCAAACACUAAAUUAAAAAAAAAGGUAGAAGAAUUAGAACGAACUAUAGAAAAAUUAAAAAAUGAAAGAGAUGAAAAAGAAGCAUUUUGGGAAAAGAAAAAAAUGUGGUUGAUUGAAGAUGAAGAAGAUAAAAAAGUGUUAUUUAAUAGUCUUGCUUUAGGAAUUAAAAUGGUAAUGCCAAAAGAAGUUUUAAAAAUUGAUAAUACAAUGUUGUAUAAUGAAUGUAAAAGUAAAAAUGUUCCAAUCAAAGAUUGGUAUUCUUGGUUGUUAGAAACAUUAAGUCAGAAAAUGAUGUGA